ACGAAGCUGUUAGUGCUACUAGUGACCUUACAACUUAGCUUUACCGAAUCCAGACGGUUUGGCGCUCGACAUAAACGACAGCAUAGCGGUAGCCUGUACCAGCCGGAAAGUUUCAUCAUCCCCGGAGGCGAAGGCCGGCCGGGCGAACGGUGGGGCGCCUGGGGGGCACCGUCGGAGUGCUCGCGGACGUGCGGCGGAGGUGUUGCCUACCAGGAGCGUGAAUGUCUCGAGCAGAGCUCCAACGGAACGCAGGCGUGUACGGGCGGCCGAAGGAAGUACUUCUCUUGCAACACGCAGGACUGCCAGGAGCGCGAGAAGGACUUCCGCAAGCAGCAAUGCUCGGAAUUCAAUGACGUGCCGUUCGAGGGCCACCGAUACCAGUGGGUCCCGUACACGCGUGCCCCGAACCCGUGCGAGCUGAACUGCAUGCCGGUGGGCGAGCGGUUCUACUACCGCCACCGGGCGAAGGUCACCGACGGUACCCGCUGCAACGAGGAAUCGUUCGACGUGUGCGUCGACGGCUCCUGCCAGCCGGUCGGCUGCGACAUGAUGCUCGGCUCGCAGGCCAAGGAGGACAAGUGCCGCAUCUGCCGGGGCGAUGGUUCCACCUGUCGGACGGCCAACGGAACGCUGAACGCGACCAACCUGCUGGUCGGCUACAACGACCUGCUGCUCAUCCCGUCCGGCGCGACGAACGUGAUCGUCAGCGAGCGUGCCCCGUCAAACAACUACCUGGCCAUCCGUAACCUGACUGGCUUCUACCACCUGAACGGCAACUAUCGUAUCGAUUUCCCGCGCACGCUUCACUUCGCCGGGUGUGACUGGCACUACGAGCGGCGUCCGCAAGGAUUCGCGGCCCCGGAUCGGCUAACGUGCCUCGGGCCGACGACCGAGUCGGUCUACCUGGUGCUACUGUCGCAGGAUAAGAACGUGGGCGUCGACUACGAGUACAGCGUGUCGUCGAAGUCGGCCCCGGUGGAUGAGCCGGACAGCUACUCCUGGAUGUACAACGCGUUCGAACCGUGUCCGGUUACGUGCGGCGGUGGUGUGCAGACGCGCAACGUCACCUGCAACAGCAAGAACUCGCUGAACGUGGUGGACGAGGGUCUGUGCAAUCUGGCCGAGAAGCCGGAGACGACGCAAAAGUGUGGCCAGCAGGCGUGCCCACCGCGCUGGCUCGAGGGUCCGUGGUCGAACUGCUCGAAACCUUGCGGAACGGAGGGUAAACAGACGCGAGAAGUCUACUGCGAGCGUGUGUCCGCUGAUGGUGCGACGAAAAAAAUCGAAGAUGAUGUCUGCCUCGAGCAGGUCGGCAACAAACCAGCUACGGAACGGGCUUGCAACGAGGGCAUCAUCUGUCCGGAAUGGUAUACUGGCAAGUGGUCACCGUGCAACAAGCUGUGCGGCGAAGGAGAGCGGACACGAAAGGUCACCUGCUUCCGGAAGGAAGGUGGCCGUAUAACGGUACUAGAGGACGACCAGUGCAUCACGGAAAAGCCGGUGGCCAGCGAGAAGUGUAUGCUGCGGCCCUGUGAGGGUGUCGACUACGUCACGUCGUCCUGGACAGGGUGCGAUGAGUGCGGAGCGACGGUAGAAACCCGAACGGUACACUGUGCCUCGAAGUCCGGCACGAUCUAUGACAUGAAGUUCUGCUCGAGCCGCGAUCUGCCGGAGCUGCGCCGCGAAUGCAAGCUGACCCCGUGCGAGUUCCAGUGGUACACAUCCCAGUGGAGCAAGUGUUCGGCCGUGUGUGGCAAGGGCGUCCAGACACGCACCGUCGUCUGCGGGGUGUUCGAUGGGCAGUCGCUGAAGCGCGCGGAUGACGACUACAAGUGCGUUGCCGAUCAGAAACCCCCGCGGGAGCGUGAGUGCGACGGUCCCUCGGACUGCCCCGGACAGUGGUUCGCCGGACCGUGGACAGAUUGCGACAAGAGCUGCGGCGGUGGCGCGAUGUCACGCAAGGUGCUCUGCCUGAGCAACGGUACCGUCGUUCCGGAGUCGAAGUGCGACGUGGACAAGAUUCAGCUGGCGACGGAGGGUUGCAACAAGCACGCUUGCACCGGCGAUGAGGUCAUCCCGGUGAAUGCGACGAGCAAGCAGCCUGCUGAAGAUGACUACGACGAGGGCGAGGAGUGCGAAGAAGAGAGCGAUGCGGUGGAGACCACCACCGAAGGACAGGCGGGUGUGCGGAUGGUCACGGACGACACGAGCCUGGCGGAGGGAGUGGAGCUAGGAAGCAGCGGUGCCACGACGGAGACUUCGUUCGAAACGGACCAGGUUAUGAUGAGCGAUACGACGGGCUUCGACUCUGGUGCCACAAGCCCUGAAGAUGCGACGACGGACAAGGUGACGGUGGAGGGAUCAGGAGACGCGAGCAGCACCUUCGAUGUGUCCGAGGGUUCGGGAGAUGGUGCGGGACCAUCGACGAUGUUCAGUGCUUCGAAGGCGAGCGAUUCCGAUGCGUCCGUCACGGCUGGACUGGUGGCUACCACCGAGAGUGCGUUGUCCUUGGGCUCAACGGAGCUCGGAGCUAGAUCCUCGGUGGCGGGCAGUGCGGAGAGCUCCACCGAAUCGAACGCGGCCUCCCUGUCGACGUCGCCAUCUUCGGAGAGUGUCUCACUGGCAAAGGAAUCGGUUGCAACCACCAUGGAGAGCAUUGUCGCAACGACGGACUCUUCGGCCACGACGGGUGCAAUGUCGGAAUCUUCCACAGACCAAACGACUAAUCAACCGGACACCACAACCGAUGCCAGUGUCCCGUCGACUACGGUGAACGCGGAAUCGACAUCAACGGUCGCAGCUUCAACGGACGUACCAGCGACUACCGAUAGCGUACAGCUGAGCACCACGGUCGCUUCCGACGUGGCCAGCACCACCAGCAAGGAUGAUUCGGCAAGUACCACCAACAAGGUUGAGAGUUCCACCGAUACCAGCAAGAAGGUGGAUGGUUCCGAGCCAACUGAAGCGUCCGCUACCGAGCUCCCUGGAGCCACCACGUCCGUCCCGGCGGCAUCCGGCGCAUCUAGUGCCACCGAGGAAUCGGCAACCGGUGCAUCCACCGACGCCAGUGCGACAUCUGCCACGGAGAUGCCCUCGGCGGCGGGCUCGACGGAAGACUUCACCGGUUCGACAGUCACGCAGGCGUCCCCAGAGGAGACCACAUUCGAUAUCUGGGCUUCCACGACAGGUGCAACCGACAUGGGCACGGAGGACGGUUACAGCAGCACCCCGUACACGCUCACCUCGGUCAUCGCCAAGGAGCAGAAGGCACGCAAGUGCAAGCCCCGCCCGAAGGUACCUCUGUGCGCGAAGUCGACACACGGAUGUUGUCCCGACGGCAAGACCAAGGCGAGCGGUCCGUUCCUGGAGGGUUGCGCGCUUCCAACAACCUGCAAGGAGACCAAGCACGGCUGCUGUCCGGACGGGCUGUCCCCGGCGACGGGUCCCAAGAACAAGGGCUGCCCGAAGGCGGAGUGUGCCGAGACGCUGUUCGGAUGCUGCCCGGAUAAGACGACACCGGCCGAGGGUAACGACUUCGAGGGAUGCCCGGUGGAGACGACGACCGUGGCCGGCUGUGUGCUCAGCAAGCAUGGCUGCUGCGCGGAUGGCGUCGCCGAGGCGAAGGGUCCGAACUUCAAGGGCUGCCCGGGAGUCAAGGAGGAGGACGAGGCAACGUCGACCGUGGAACCCGCCAGCACGGACAAGACCACCGAUGGGUCGGAACCGGCUAAGGUGGAAGGCUGCGCUGGGUCGGCGCACGGUUGCUGUCCCGAUAAUGUUACGGCCGCCACCGGUCCGGCCGGUGAGGGUUGUGCAGCGUGCAGCAAGGAACCGUUCGGAUGCUGUUCGGAUGGCAAAACACCCGCCCACGGACACAAUCAGGAGGGCUGCUGUCUCGGUUCACCGUACGGCUGCUGUCCGGAUAAUUUCGUGCCGGCUCGCGGACCCAACCACGAGGGUUGCGACUGUAAGUACUCGCCGUACGGAUGCUGCCCGGAUAAUAAGACGUCCGCCAGCGGACCGGACAACCAGGGUUGCGGAUGUCGGUACGCGAAGCACGGCUGCUGUCCGGAUAUGCAAACGGACGCGUCCGGACCGGGCUACGAAGGAUGCCCGUGCCAUGCGCACCAGUUCGGCUGCUGCCCCGAUGGCGUUACGGCGGCCAAGGGCCCGCACAACCAGGGUUGCCACUGCUCGCACAGCGAGUUCCAGUGCUGCUCGGAUGGCAAAACGGCGGCCCAGGGUCCGAACGGAACUGGCUGCACGUGCGCGGACAGCAAGUACGGCUGCUGCCCGGAUGGUGUCAGCGAGGCGCAGGGCAGCCGGUUCGAGGGUUGCGCCGUGGUGCCCGUCUCACCGCAGAAGGCUUGCGCACUGCCGAAGGACAAGGGUCCGUGCCACAACUACACCGUCAAGCACUUCUUCGACAUGGAGUACGGCGGUUGCGGACGGUUCUGGUACGGCGGGUGCGACGGUAACAACAACCGGUUCGAUUCGCCCGAGGAGUGCAAGAACGUGUGCGAGACGCCGACCGGGAAGGACGUGUGUCAGCUGCCAAAGAUUACCGGACCCUGCACCGGCCACUACAACAUGUGGUACUACGACGAGGAGCGCAACCAGUGCGCCCAGUUCACGUACGGCGGUUGUCUGGGCAAUGCGAACCGGUUCGAGAAGCUCGAGGACUGCAAGGCCACGUGCGCCGUCGACGACUCGAAGCCACCCUGCGAACAGCCGAUGGAAUCGGGACCGUGCAAUGGAACGUUCGAGCGAUGGUACUACGACAAGGACUCCGACGCGUGCCGACCGUUCCACUAUGGCGGCUGCCGAGGCAACAAGAACAACUACCGAUCGGAGGCAUCCUGUGGCUACCACUGCAAGACACCCGGCGUCCAUAAGCCAAGCUGUAGCCAGCCGCUGGACGCCGGCAACUGCGAGGCCCAGCAGGCCCGCUGGUACUUUGCUAGCGCCAGUAACAAAUGCAUGCCCUUCUACUUUACCGGUUGCGGUGGCAACGAGAACCACUUUGUUUCGCGCGACCAGUGCGAAUCGCGGUGCCCACCGAAGGUUGAAAAAGACACCUGCCACCUGCCGGCGGAGAUUGGCGAAUGCCAGAACUACACCGCCCACUGGUACUUUGACACCAAGGAGCAACGGUGCCGCCAGUUCUACUACGGUGGCUGCGGUGGCAACGGGAACAACUUCGCCGACGAGCAGUCCUGCGUCAGUCGAUGCGCGGGCGAUGGUGCCAAGGGCCGGGAGGAACCACCGGUGGCAGCACCGGUCCAGACGGAAGCACCAGCGAAGCAGCCUCCGACCCAGUUCGAGCGUAGCCACUGCCAGCUGCCGAUGGACAAUGGCGACCGUAACUGUACCAGCUACGUGGCCCGGUUCUUCUAUAACGCCUCGGCAGGUAGCUGCGAGGCCUUUACGUACACCAGCUGCGGGGGCAAUCAGAACAACUUCGAAACGCAAGAGGGCUGCGAGCAGGCUUGCGGUGGUAAGCCGAUCGAUGUGGACCUCCGUGGACCGACGGAGGAGCGUCCGAGCAAUGGUAGCCGAUGCGAGGAAAGUCCUGACUAUGGUACGGGUCGCGGCGAGCCGGCCGUUCUGUUUUACUAUAACUCCCAGCAACGCUCGUGCGAACAGUUCUGGUACAGUGGAGAGGGCGGUAACGCGAACCGGUACGGAACUGAGGAGGAGUGUCAGCGGGUAUGCGGUGUUUAUCGUGGCGUGGAUGUUUGUCAAGACGAAAAGGCGGAAGGUCGGUGUAGCGAGAGCGUUCCCCGGUUCUACUACGACGCCCGCGUUCGCGCUUGUUAUGCCUUCAACUAUUCCGGCUGCGAAGGCAACGGCAAUCGGUUCGCCAGCACUGAGGAGUGCGAGCAGACCUGCGUACGUCGCCAGCCGGAGUAUCCGGACGUGAUGGCAGUCUGUAGUCUCAAGAUAGCGGCAGGUAAUCGAUGCCCAGGGCGCAGGUACGGUAAAGGUCCCAUGCGCUGGUACUACGAUGUGGAGCGGGAAACGUGUUUUGCAUUCCGCUAUACCGGCUGCGGUGGAAAUCGGAACAAUUUCCAUUCGUACGACGAAUGUCGGACGCGCUGUAAUACAGAGUCGAAUGAGGUGAACCCUUGCGAGCAGUACGAGAACGAGUGCCGUCAGCUGCAGUGCCAGUACGGCAUCGCCAAAUCCUACGAGCCCAGCAACGGAUGCGAACGGUGCCAGUGCAAUGACCCCUGCGCCACUCAGUACUGCCCGCCGGGAUCGCAGUGCGUGGUGGACGUUCAGGGCAGCGGAACGGUGGACGGAAGAGGGUCCGAGUUCGUGGGCGUCUGCCGUUCCGCGAACAAACCGGGCGAGUGUCCGCCGCUCGCCAACGCCACCCAGUGCAGCACCGAUUGCUACUCGGACGCGGACUGCCGGGGUAACAACAAGUGUUGCCGGGCCGGUUGCGCCCAGAUCUGCAUCAGCCCCGUCGAGCGGCCGAGACCGGACGAGGGUAGACCGGUGGUGCCGGGCGUGCCGGGUCCGGUGGUGCUGGAGCCGGUCCCGCGCGAGGAGCUAGACAUCAAGUCGGAGGAGGGUGGAGUGGCGACGCUGCGCUGCUUCGCCACCGGAUUCCCGCCGCCCUCGAUCCGCUGGCGUAAGGGUGAAAUUAUGCUAAAUACCAACCAAGGCCGGUACGUACUGACCUCGACGGGCGAUCUGCAGAUCGUACAACUGCAUCGCACCGACAGUGGCACGUACGUGUGCAUCGCGGACAACGGCAUCGGCGAACCUGUUAUGCGAGAGGUGGACCUCACGGUCAGAGAUCCGAUCCCGCGAGACGCGUAUAUCAUUGGCAACCUGAACGAAUCGCAGACGGUGGACCUGGACGGUUCGGCAACACUGCGUUGCCCGGCCGGUGGCCACCCGAAGCCGGUCGUCAGCUGGUGGCGCGAAACGUUCAUGAUGCCUCUGUCGAUGGUGAACCGCGACUACUCGCUGCAUUUCACGCGCGUACGGCUGCAGGAUCUGGGUCCGUACGUGUGUCAGGCGUACUCCGGGGCCGGUAAGGGCAUCUCGCGCACGGUCACACUCCAGGCGUACGGUCCGGCUACCGCGGCCAGUCCGGUGGACGAGAAGUACCUGAAGUACAUCGUCGAUGGACGCCCACCGGUGCGACCGUCGCCGGGAGUGGUCCGCCCGCCGGUCCGACCGCGGCCACCCGCCACCCAACGACCCCCAUCGGUAGUCCGUCCUCCGGUUGCGGUUACGGUGGCACUACAAUUCCCCCAGGGACAGAACCCGAUGCCGAACAGCAACUUCUCGAUCAACUGCACCGUGGACGGAUAUCCGCGGCCGACGGUGAACUGGUUCAAGGAUGACCAGAUACUGGUGCCGACCGAUCGCAUCCACAUCAGCGAUACGAACGUGCUCACCGUUGCCGGGGCCAUCCCGUCCGACAGUGGCCGCUACAAGUGUCUGGCCAGGAACGAUCAAUCGGAAGCAUUCCAGGAGAAGAGCCUACGCGUGGAAGGUGUCUAUGUACCGCCGGAGUGUACCGACAACCAGUUGUUUGCCAAGUGUGAUCUGAUCGUCGCGGGACAGUUCUGCAACCACAAAUACUACGCCAAGUUCUGCUGCCGGUCGUGCACGCUAGCGGGCCAGAUCAACGUUAGCCCCCGUUAUCGUUAG